CAUUAUAGGCAUAAGCCAGAGCAGGGUGCAUCCUGUCUUGUUCAACUUCAUAUUGAUCUUGUGAUAUCCAAACGUGACACAUUGGCAUUGAUUAGGGGAUGUUUCGCACAUCAGUCAUGAUGCAAGUACUUUAUGGAUCUCCACUCCUAUUGCUGUUCAUUCUCAUGUCAGGAGGAUAUGCAGUGCCAAAAUCAGAGAGAGUGAUAGAGAAGACUCUAAGUGAUCAAGAUCACUUCAAGGCUGGAGAUCACAAUGUGGACUAUGAUCAUGAUGCAUUCUUGGGACAUGAUGAAGCAAGGGAAUUUGAGGACCUGUCACCUGAAGAAUCUAAGAAACGACUUGGAGAUCUGGUUGAAAAAAUUGAUAAGGACCAAGAUGGUUAUGUAACAAAAGAAGAACUGACUGAAUGGAUCAGAUAUACUCAGAGACGUUAUCUGGAUCAGGAUGUCAAUCGACAGUGGGAUGAAGCAAACAAGGAAAAGAAGGAGACCAUUGAUUUUGAUGCCUUUAAAAAGUUCUCUUAUGGCUUUCUUGAUGGCUUUCCAGAGAAUGAAAUUGAGUCAAGUGACCAUGAACUGUACAAGGACAUGAUGGCAAGGGACAAGAGACGUUGGGAAGUUGCAGACCAAGAUGGUGAUGGCUUGCUGAAUAAAAAGGAAUUCUAUGAUUUUGUUCAUCCUGAAGAGACUGUCCACAUGAGGGAUAUUGUAGUCAAAGAGACCAUGGAAGAUAUUGACAAGGACAAAGAUGGGAAGAUUUCCCUUGAAGAGUAUAUAGGUGAUAUGUAUCAUGGUGCUGAGGGAGAGCAGGAGCCUGACUGGGUACAAGCUGAGAGGAACCAGUUUGGUGAUAUACGUGACAAAAAUAAGGAUGGAUUCCUCGAUUUUGAGGAGGUGAAGCAGUGGAUCAUACCCCCUGACUAUGACCAUGCUGAAGCAGAAGCAGGACAUCUCAUUUAUGAAACUGAUGAGGACAAGGAUCGCAAAUUGACAAAAGAAGAAAUUCUUGAGCACUAUGAUAUCUUUGUUGGUUCUCAAGCUACAGAUUUUGGUGAAUACCUGGUUAGAGCCCAUGAUGAGUUUUGAAUCAGGGUCUCUCCAACUGACAAGCUAUUUAACCACUGCAAAUAUACAGUGGGUUCAUCUCUAGAAUCUCAGGGGCUUGGUGAGAUGACUACCAGUACUUUAUGUUCUGCAUUGAUUCUCUCUCUCCCCAGCAGCUCAUUGUCUUAUGAUCCUCUCCAUUGGUUGAGUGUGGAUCUGCUAUGAUUAUUUGAAUGCUUGUCCCUGGUCUCUGAUGUAUUGGCAAGUAUCAACCAUUUCUUGCAUUCUGCUUCAGUUGUCUGAGCUUCAUGUGCCUUGCUGUUGCUUGUCUUUCUAGAUGGCAUUUAACUCCUCGAAGAAUGAAUUGUGUGAAAUGUGAUCAAAUAAUUUUUACUACAUCAUUUUGAAGGAAGCAGCAUUUGAGAUUGCAUUGGAAAAGUUGUAAAAACUUUGCCAUCUCAGCAAUCUUCACGAAAGAGCCAAAUUCAACAGAUAUUGUAUUCUUCAGUAGGUAUCUUGGUGCUCUAAAUUUUGGCUGUUUUGUAGUUGCUGAACUAUCUGAGGCUGAAAAUCACCCUCAUAUAGUACUGUCUAGACCUAGUACAUUUGGAAAGUUCGUUAUUUCAUUGAACCAAAGGUAUAAAAAUGUUAGUUUUUUUAUCCUUCCACUGCAUAUCAUUGGUUGUUAUACUAUUUCUUUCAUAUCACUAAAGUGUUGCCUCCUUGUUAUAUUGCAACAGAAGGCAUACAAGGCAUUCUCCAUACCUGUCUUCCUAAAAAAUGGAAGUGAGUUUUUUUUUUUCAUUCAGGAG